AUGUCUGACUUCCACAAUACCAAACGCCCAUUUGACCUCGCAGCAUCUCUCGAAGAACAGCAACGACUCAGAGAUGAAAGAAAGCGGUCCAAAAACGGAUAUACAGGCUUCGAUAAGAAUACUCCUCCCCAUUUACAAUUCAUUAAAAGACCCCUUGUAACCGUCAACAAAGAUCCACCUUCGCCGUUGAGGUUGAAAAUCAUGUCCUACAACACUUUGGCUCAGUCAUUGGUCCGACGUACUCUCUUUCCCACAAGUGGAAACGCAUUAAAAUGGGCCACCAGAUCGAAGGUUUUAACCAGCGAAUUGAAAUAUUACGACGCAGACAUAAUGUGCUUGCAAGAGGUUGACGAAGUUCAAUUCGAAUCCUAUUGGAAAGAAAAGCUCAAGGAGCUAGGUUACGAAUACAAAUUUGAGCGAGCAUACACGAAGAGACAUGGCAUUGUCAUUGCGUUCAAGCCACAAUUGGUGAGCAGUACUUAUUCAAGGGUUAUCAACUAUGAUAGAGAAGAUGCCGGCUUCCUUAGUUCGCAGACAACCACAGACAAUCUUGGCCUUGUAACUUGCUUGAGCUUCACCAAAGAAACACGAGAAAAAUACCCUCAAUUGAAGUCUGGAAUUGUAAUCGCUACUACCCACCUCUUCUGGCAUCCCAUGGGAACAUAUGAAAGAGCCAGACAAAGCUUUCUCUUGAUGCUGAGAACAAUCCAGUUUGCUAUGAUGUUGGGUGGCUCACCAAAUUCCUUUUAUCAUUUUAUGGCUGGUGACUUCAAUACCCAGCCCUUUGACUUUCCAUACUUGGCUAUGACGUCGAGUAAGCCUUUGUCGAGACAAGUUGGGGAGCCUGAAGCGGUCCUUGCUAAAUCUUUGGGAACAGUUAUUGAUGAUGAAGAGGAAGAAGAAGAGGAAGCGGAUGGUCAAACAAGAAGCGCUCCACAAUCUGCUCCCACCGAAAACCAACUCAGCACCAUUGACGAACUUAAAACUUUGUACGAUGAGAUGCCAUUCAAUGCUAUUUCGUUAUAUUCAAUAGGUUACGAGCUGGUAGAUCCAGCCAACAGUGGAAUCGACAAUGCCGAUCACGAGCCAUAUUUUUCCAACUGGGCCCACGCCUGGAGGGGCUUAUUGGACUAUAUCUUCGUUUUGGCCCCCAGAAUCAACCAAAGACAACCCGAUGUGCGCGAGCGUUUAGUUGAGGAUCAAGGUGUGAAGCUCAUUAGUCUUCUUCGUUUACCCAGAAAGCAGGAGAUGGGGUCUGAACCAUCGGGACAGCCAAGAACUGGACAAUAUCCAUCCGAUCAUUUGUGUUUGAUGGCCGAAGUAGAAUUAAGCUGA